UUUCAAAGGCGGGAUUAACGUAAUAAUCAACGUGGUGGUCAGAAACGUGUUCAUUGAACUUUGUUCCACUGACCUUACUAGUAUGGCUGCUGUUUUUUCCUUGCUAAGGCGGUGGCGUUUGCAGAAAUCAGUUAGACUGGUGCAAGGGUUGCGUUUGCCAGUGCUUCAGCUGCACACAACUGGAGCAGCAAUGGGAGCAACACAGGAGGAUUUCAAUCAAGCUAAGGACCAAUUAAAGACAUUAAAAAAUGAUCCCGGGAAUCAAGCCAAACUACAGAUCUACGCACUUUUUAAACAGGCUACACAAGGACCCUGUAAUGCUCCAAAGCCGAGCAUGCUCGACUUUGUCAACAAGGCCAAAUGGGAUGCCUGGAAAUCCCUCGGUAGUUUGUCUCUGGAGGAUGCCAGGCAGAAAUAUGUUGAUCUGGUAGCAUCUUUGGUGUCUGCAGAGGCGCCCCCAAAGGCUGCAGCGGCUUCUUCGGGUAGCAAGGCAGCUUUUGAGACGCUUGAAGUCACUUCAGAGAACAACAUUACCACCAUUCGAUUAAACAGACCCGACAAGAAGAACGCAAUCACUGUUGGGAUGUACAGUGACAUAAUGCAAGCGCUCGAACAAGCUGCAAAGGAUGACUCUGUGAUAACCGUGCUGACAGGCAACGGUGAUUAUUACUGCAGCGGGAAUGACCUGAAUAACUUUACAAGUAUUCCAGCAGGAGGUGUAGAACAGAUGGCAAAGGAUUCAGGAGAACUACUUAAGAACUUUGUGAAUGCUUUCAUUGAUUACCCUAAGCCACUGAUUUCACUGGUUAAUGGCCCAGCUGUUGGAAUAUCAGUCACUGUGUUGGGAUUGUUUGAUGUUGUCUACGCCACAGACAGGGCAACAUUUCACACACCAUUUAGUCAGCUUGGACAGAGUCCAGAAGGAUGCUCCUCUUACAUCUUUCCUAAGAUAAUGGGCACGGCGAAGGCGAAUGAAAUGCUUCUGUUUAACAAGAAGCUGACUGCUCACGAAGCGUGUGACUUGGGGCUGGUCACCGAAGUUUUCCCUGAUGGCACUUUUCAAAAGGAAGUAUGGACUCGGCUGAAAACAUAUGCUCAGCUUCCCAAGAAUUCUCUGGCUUUCUCAAAACAACUGGUCCGAGGGAUGGAGAAGGAGAAGCUCCAUGAGGUCAACAAUCAAGAGGUCGAGAGGCUGGUGGAGAGGUGGCUCUCUGAUGAAUGCAUGAAUGCAAUUAUGAGCUUCUUCCAAAAGAAGUCAAAAUUGUAAUCUAAUAAAGGCAGUUUCCUAAUCGGAUACCAUCUGAAUGACGCUUGUUGCACUGCGUUCAAUAUUAGAAAAUACAGUACACAUUUUACGUGUUGCAUUUUUAAUGGAGCUACUAACAAAGUAGGUGUUGGGCUAAGUACUGUUAGUGUUUAUAUGUUUACAGUGGAUCAGAUAAUUGAUUGUAAUAACUUGCAUUUAUAUCCAUUGUAAUAACUUGCAUUUAUAUUCAUUGUAAUAACUUGCAUUUAUAUCCACUGUAUUGAAAUGAAAGCAUCUUUGGAAUUUCAUUUUCAUUUAUGAUGUACAGCUGCAUAGAUGAGCAGCUUUGUAACAACUGAACCAUGUUAGCACCAUCUUGUAGAAAAGCAUUUUUUAAACCUCCAAAUAAUGAA